UCAUCGGUUUGUUUUUAUGAGAAUUUUUCCCGCUGGAAGUCGACAUUUGAGCGUCAGAGCACAAAAAUAGCGGGCCGUGGUUAUGGGUAAGUGCUGUUCAGUUUGUGUUUCUGGCUCAACUAGUGAUACGCUUCAUCGAAAGCCUUCGCAGCAAACCACAAACACAGUUACUAGCAGCACGUUAAACCAUUCAUAUCCACCACACGACAGUGUAGUACACGAACCAUUCAAGACCAAAGCGGCUGAUAAAAACGUAAUGGCUGGUAAAUACAGUUCACACGAUGGUAUGAGAACGUUUUCGUAUUCAAAGCAAGAGGCUGACUUAACAAAAAUCAACUCUUUAUUUGCUAAAUACAAGGACGACACUGAAGAUGCCAUUCUCGCUGAUGGAAUGGAGAAAUUUUGUCAAGACUUGGGAGUUGAUCCGACAGAAUUUAUCGUUCUAGUCAUUGCUUGGAAAUUCAAUGCUUCGCAGAUGUGUCGUUUUACCAGAACAGAAUUCGUAGAGGGUUUUAAAGCCCUCAAAGUAGACUCGAUUAGAAGCCUUCAGAAUAAAUUUCAAGAACUGGAGACAGAAGUGACAAACGAUGUUGAGAAAUUCAAGGAUUUAUAUCGCUUUACGUUCAAGUUUGGACUGGAUGUCGAUGAAGGCCAGCGCGCCUUGCCGAAGAACAUCGCACUUCCUCUUUGGAAGCUGGUUUUUUCAAAGAACGUACCAGCUGUUCUUGAUCGUUGGUUUGCCUACUUGGAAAACAGGCAACUGCGGGGGAUUUCACGGGACACAUGGUAUAUGUUUCUAAACUUCACCGAGGCGAUCGAGCCAGAUUUCGAAAAUUAUGACGACUCUGAGGCUUGGCCAAGUCUCUUUGAUGAUUUUGUGGAAUCAGAAAGGGAGAAGGCUAAACAACAGGGUAAUGGAGACGCGGAAUUACGCGAAGAAAAGCAAGAAAACGGAAUUAUCAAAGAGCAGAGUUCGUAUUCCUUCUAAACCAUUUACGUUCAGUCUCUAAUUUCUAAUCCUUUAGCUCUAAUCCUCACAAGUUGCGAGCUUGUACGUGACCUGACAAAAAACUGUGCCCAAUCUUAUCUUUGAAACAACACAACGAAGUUAACAAUUGCCUCCAAACGAAAGGCUAAGAAAAUUCGCAAAUAUUAAUCGAAUGUGCGAAUUACAGGAAUGCCUAGCCUCUCCACUUUACAUACUUUUAAUGAAGUCAACAUUUGGGGAUGCACGCCUAACCGUGUUGCGGAGACAUUUUUGUUGACAAAGGGGCUGCGCUUUAUUUUGGAAAAGGCUUCAUUAAACUAAAUUUUAUUGCCAAUAUGUUUUAUUUUCAUUUUCCUAUUGCUCAAAGAUCACUAAGCCCAGACCAAGCCACGCCAAGGAUUUUUCACAGAUUUGAAACAGGAGCUGUAAACUAAUUUAUUAUUUUAAGAUUAUUAUAAGCUAACUGCUUUUAGUGUUUAGAAGUCGAGAAAGAUCAUCAUAAGGUUAAUGUCAAAAGUGAUAACCAGGGAAUGUACAGAUAGGAAUUUUUUAUGAGUGUAUCUGCUAAGUUGUGAUAGCUUUUGUUCAAAUGGACUUCUUGAUCAGUUUACAAGCUUACGCCUCUGUGUCAAAACUCCCUUUAAUGUAUAAGUGUAAUCAACACACUUUCUCUCGUAACAAUCAGCCAAAUAACAGGUGAUAAAAAAUAAUUUUGUUUAAAGAGUUGGGCAGAAUGAGCGACUCCAUUAACAUUUUCUGGGAUUAAUUCCUUUUUGAUGCGUCACCAAAUACCCUUGAAAAGGCCUGCACAGUAAGCAUUUCCGCAUGAGUUCGUCCAGGAAGUUUAAACAAAGACAGAAAGGGGGUCACACAAUAGCUUAAUGGAAAUGCUUGCUAUGUAGGCCAUUCUUGAAAGAACAUAGGCUAGAAUAUAA